UUGUAUUCUUAGUUACUGAUAAACAUCAAUUCAAACCAGAACAGAUGUUAUACAGAUUUCGCUAUGAUGAUGGAACCUUUUAUCCAAGAAAUGAGAUGCAGGAUGUGAUUUCAAAGGGCGUACGAUUAUAUUGCCGCCUUCAUAGUCUGUUUACUCCAGUGAUAAGGGAUAAAGAUUACCACUUAAGAACCUACAAAUCUGUCGUCAUGGCCAACAAGCUGAUAGACUGGUUAAUCGCACAGGGGGACUGCCGCACCAGAGAAGAGGCAAUGAUAUUUGGCAUCGGACUCUGUGACAAUGGAUUUAUGCACCAUGGUAGGGAUUUUUAUUCUGGAAGCUUACAGAUAUGUUCCACU